GAUGGCAGCAGAUUAUUGCGCUUUUUUCCCGUGCAUUCACGGGUCCGACAUUUUUCUUAAAAUUAAGCCUUUCUAUAAAUUCUCGGGUGAAACUUAUAUAAAAACAUUGGUUACGCUUCAGUUUUACGAACAGAAUUUAGCGCGUAUUUCAUUUCUUAAAUAAAAUGUGAUUAAUAUUGAAAUAAAUAGAAUACAUAACGAUUUUUGUAUAUUGAACUUGUGUCAAAUACGGUGAAAGACUAUAUAGAAAUUUUAAGUGAUGUCCUUAAAGGAUAUUUGAAUUCAUGUGAAAUAAAAAUUUAACAUUUUAUGAAUGAAUAUUCCAUUGUGAAUUGUUUAUUUAUAAACAUUUUUCUUUUUUAAACAAAAUAUGACAAUAAUGAGGGCAAUUGAUGAAAUGGAACAAAGAGAUCUCCCACAGGCUUUUCGCUUGCUUGGGGAGAUGAAUGCUAAUGUUUUACAAGUUAAUCAACUUGUAGACAAUAUGUUAGUCCGUGUCAAAAAUGGGGAAAUUUCUACGGACAAGGGUCUUAGUUUCCUAGAAAUGAAAUAUCAUAUGUUACUUUCUUAUCUGAUUAAUUUGACUUACGUAGUUUUGAGAAAAUGUUCAGGAGAACGUAUAGAAGGAGAUCCAUCAAUCGAUCGCUUAAUUGAAAUAAGAACUGUCCUAGAAAAAAUCCGACCAAUAGAUCACAAACUAAAAUAUCAAAUAGAUAAACUUGUUAAGACUGCAGUAACUGGUACUAUUAACAGUGAUGAUCCAACUAAUUUUAAAGCGAAUCCAGAUGCAUUUGAUAGUAAUGAUGAAGAAUCUGAUAGUGAUCAAGAUGGUAAAGUAGAUGGUUUUAAACCAACACAGGCAAGAAAAUCUAAUAUUUAUGUACCACCAAAACUUGCUGCGGUACAUUAUGAUGGAGACGAGACACUUGCUGAAAAAAUUCGCAAGUCAGGAGAAAGAGCUCGUAGGCGUGCAGUAUCAGGUGCUGUUUUAAGAGAGUUAAAAGAAGAAUAUUUAGAUGCGCCUAUUGAAGAUAAACACGGUUUAGGGGAAAAACAAGCUAGUCUAGGUCGAGAAAAUAAACGGAAGAUAGAAUAUGAAGAAAAUUAUAUGACGCGCUUACCUGUUACUAAACAAGAAAAACACAGACGUCGCCAAAUAACAACUCUUGGUACACUUGGAGAAGAAAUUACAACUUUCGGGGAAUCAUCUUCUGUAUCUGCUAAAAAGAGAAAAGCUCAGAAAAAAAGCAAAGCUAAAAAGAGUUUCAAGAAAAAACGGCAUCAUUAAAUCGAGUUUAUAAAAAUUUGAAAAAGCUGAAUUUCGUACAGCAUUAAUAAUUAAGGUAAAAUGCAAAUUUACUUCAAUUCUUCUUGACAAACGCAGAUGCCAUUAAUACUCGUUAAUAAGUUAAGCUAAAUAACUCAUAAACAACUAGUAAUAAAAACAACAAUCGUCAACGGUGAAAUAAAAUAGCACGAUGGUAAUUUAUUACUACAUAAGACAUACUAAUGGUCGUGUAAUUGAUAAUUAUAGUUAAUAAUGAUUUUAAUCUUUAAUUGUUGUCUAAAAUCAAUUUUUAUCUGUGGAGUUGAAAUGUUCCAUAAGUCACAAGAAACGAUAUUCUGACGAUAUUAAGUACAUGAAGAAUAAUGUCAAGGUACAUACGAGCUUAACUUAUAAAAGAAAAUUACGUGUAAUCGUGACACAAUUAAUCAAAUAAUGGAUUUCGGCUCCAAGAUCUAAAAUUGCAAGUUAAACGUACAAGUUGAAAGCAGAAAAAUUUUCUGCUUUAUUUUGAGAUAUUCUCCAGCUAUAGAUGAGGAAACCAGUAACAUAGCAGGAGGGAUGAUAUUGAAUUAAUUGUUACAGAAGCGUAAAAAUCACAAGACAUUCAAUGCAAAAAUUAGAAAAUUCAAAUUUAAUAAGGAAAAUGACUUUAGAAAUUGCAAAUAUUCUGCAACUUCUAAAUAUUGUUCAUCGUGCGAUAUCGCGUGUCUUAGGAUUUUCUCGCUAUUUUAGAGUAGUGUAGUAGUUAAUAGUUUUACUAUUAUAUGUAUGUUUCGUUUGUGUUUUCCCCUGGUAAACUGUUGAGGCUAUUAUAUCUUGAUGUGAGUCAUAUUUUAUGUUAAGUUUAAUUUUUUACAAUGUGUUUAUGCAUUGUAUUUAUUGUUUUAACUUUAGAUUGAUUUGGUUAAGUUGUUAAACUUAUAUUAAAAGUAAUAUAAGGAUAACACGAAUGUGUCAAAAUUCAAAAUUAAUAUUGUCAAUUUCUCGAUUUCUACUUAAGUUUACUGUAUUUAGUUUCUUAGAGAGGGGGUAUGUGUGAUAUUGAAAGAAAAACUAAUAUACGAAGACUAGAGCGAAAAUCACUUCUGCAAUAGAAUAAAGAGUUUGUACAAUCAAAUUGUAAAGAGCAUCCAUAUCUUGUGCUUAAAUAGGUUCCAUUUUUUAAAUAUUAGAUAUAACUUUGGGUAUCUUUUUAAACCCAAAUGUUUCCUUUUAAGAUAAAGGGAGAAUGAUGGUAAAUACAUUUAAUGCAGAUCAUAACAUGGAUAUUUGUAUCCAGUAGUCGUUCCUGCAGAAGUGAUCCGCAUUACCUUCAAAAGUACUAAUUCGCUAUAUGCUAACCAAGGGCUCAACCAUCCAUAGAUGUUAUAUUUUUUACAAAAGUGUUCAUAGAUUGAGCCAACUUGGUAAUGCAUAAUGUUACAUAUGCCCUCUCUUUUUCAAUCUGUGAAGACGAUUAAAAUGUGAUAAAUUAUUCAUCAAAUAAUAGUUAAAGAAACUAACAGAAUAGCACAAUUGCUGGGCAUUAUUUACAAGUGCUAGCAAGCCUAAUGUCAGCAGCCUUGUCGUAUUUGGUAAUGAAGUUGGAAUACUGAAUAGCGGGAAGAUUUUGAUUAAUGAUGUCAAGGUAUACUUACAAAAUCUCAUGCCUGUUUAAUAUAUGGCAUGCACAAAAUAAUUAAUGAAAAAUUACAAUCGGUUUCAAAAUUUGCCCGACAUUUAGUUUUCUCAUACUUUAUACAUAGAUGAUAAUUUUUGAAGCACACUUACAACUGAAAUAACUGUAAGUCCAAAAUACUACAUACUAUACUCGUGUGUGUGCGUGUGUGUGUGUGUAUAUUUAUAUAUAUACAUAUAUACAUAGUGUAUAUUCUUCAUUUCUACAUUCUGAACUGUUUAUAAAUGCUCAUUGAAAAAUAUCAUGCUGUUUGCAAUAAGUAGAGAAGAAAUUUCAGUUAAAAGAUUUAUGAUUACAUCUGUUUAUUAAAGAUAAAUUUUCCUAAUAUGUUUUACAUAUUUUGGACUUAUAGUAAAAGUGUAUGGGUGUGAAAAAUAUUCAUAUGAGACACAUAUCCACACACAACAUAUAGCAGCAAAGUAAUAGGGUUACAUUGAAUACACUACCUCAAAUCAAUAGAAAUAUGGAUUUACAAUAAUAGAACUGCGUCAGUUGCGUUUACAUUGUUGUGUUAUUGUUCAUUUACACAUUUACUGAUACGGUAAUUUUGUUGUGAAAUAUAAUGGAACAUAUUAUGCCUUAUGAAGAGAAGUAUUUAGAGUUUGUUAUCUUUGACCUGCAUAGCAGGUAUGAAUUUUUUAGCAAUGUACAAAGGAAGCACAAAGUAUGUAAACGUUACUGCGGGCAGGGAGUUUAAAGUAGUCCUUCAAAUCCAACAACGCUGCCGAAUAACAAACUAAAAAAAGGAGAAACAAAAUAUCUUUGCAGCAAAAACGAGUAUAAAAUGAUUUAUUGACUAAUUCAUAGUCUGAAGAAUGUAAUGUUUCAUUUAUUGAUGAAUUUUCUAUAAUUUAUGUACUAAGACAAUUCAGUGUAUGUGAGAGAGCGAAAGUGAACGCGUACGAGAGAGAGAGAAAGGGAGAGAGAGAGAUUUACCUGUAUAUUACAAAUGGUUAUUAUGAAUGAAUUAUUAUUAUAAAUUAAUAUUAUAAUUAUGAUUAUUCUGAUUAUUAUUAUAUUAUCAUUAUCAUCAUCAUCAUCAUCAUCAUCAUCAUGUAGAAUGCUUCUUACUGACUGAAUAAAAUGUUUUCAAUGUCAAUAA